UUUGGACGCUUACAUCGGUUACUACUUGUUGAUAGAACGAAGCAAUUUUGCUUUUAUACAACUGUAAAGUUGAAUAUAAUAACAUGAAAUACUAAGCAUAAGAAUAAAUCAAGUAUGAAAGUAAAAGUAACAAAGUUACUUUUACUUUACUUUUACUUUUACUUUACUUAUGCUGGCUGGCAUUUACAUAAUUACAAGAAGGCUACAAUUAGUAUUGAGCUCAGGUGUUAAAUACAUGGGUAACAUAGGUAUGGGUAGGACAUGUAGUAACCCACAGCCUGAGGGACGACAGUGACAUGGAACGGGAGCGUCGGUCCGAGGCAAUAUGUUAGCCCGCAGAUUUGCACGCUGUACUGGGCAGGCAACCAUAUUCUGUGAAGGACUUAAAAGCUAUAGUAGACUACUUGAGUGAACACAAUGCAUAUGGUGAAGUUACAGGAAAAAAGGUGUGGAUGGACUUAGCCGCCAGUUCUAAAGUUAAAAACAGAACAUGGCAGAGUUUGAAGAAGGCAUAUUUUCGCAAUAUUGAGUUGACCAAACCCCUUGGUGGUCUUCGUCCAAAGCAAGGCAUAUGUUCAACUAGUAAAGAUUAUUCAGAUGGUGAAGUGCAAAUAGUUGAAUCAGAAGAAGAGAUAAUAGACAGAAACUCAGCUGACGAAAAAGAAGGCGAAAGAGAAUAUAGAAGAGAUAUUUUCUUGCCUUUAAAUCAGGAAGCUUUGCAAGAAAACAGUAAUCUACGUUCAAACAAAAAUGAAAAUCUAGAAAAUGGUCUAAAAAGAGCUAACUCUCAGGAAUUGGAAACUAAUAAAAGAAUAUUAUUAGCGGAUUCCGGAACAUCUGACUCAAGUGGGACCUGUCGUAGAUCGUGGAAAACAGAACGUCGCAAAUGUACCAUUUCACACUCUUCGGAAACCAAUUAUGGCAAUGGGACUUUCGAAUCGAGCGACUGGAUACCAGAACCUUGGUCUGAGCGUGUGUCGUCGCUACCGGCCCGGUUUGGCAGUAAGGGAAGGUACAUUAGAAAAUAUUUGCAGCACAGAUUAUGGGUAUCACUUCCAGUAUUAUCAUUUAGAGAGGAUAGCGGAUCUGUGGAGGAUAAUAACGCUGUGGUACAGAAUGGGCAAUCUCCUAAAAACAAUGACACUUAUACGCGCGAAGACGAUUUAGAUCAAGACGUAGUUUUUUGGAAGCUGUUAUACUCUAAGGAAAAGGAAAAGACUGAAGAAUUGACCAAGUUGAUAAACCAGACGAAGGGAGAAGAGCAGCAAGGAGAGCAUAGUCGAGUUCCGCCAGAGCAGCCAACAUCAGCGCAGAACAGCAAUGCAAACGAGUCAGCCCUAACACCUGAAUCUACACAAUAUGUUCCAGAAACUUCGCAGGUGCCACCACGCCCUCAACCACAUCCACCAAAGGAGAAAGUCACUGUUAAGAUGAAAUUUAUUAAAAAGAAUGUGGAGGUGCAAGUACAAGUAAAAGCCUACCCGUCUCAACUCGGCCCGAUCAUGGCGCGCGUGGCUCAACUGUUCCAAAAGGAACCAGAGCAGUAACGGCUAGCAGUGUGAGCGCCGAAACUGGCGCACUAGCGCCCGAGCGUGAAACGUGACAGAUCUACUCGGGCUAGUGAAUAAUAUGAAUGUUACCACAAAUAUGUCUCUAUACUUUAUUCCUUGUUAUCUUUGCAUUUCAGCUCAGUAGCUUAUUUUAAGUACCCUAGACCAUUUUCUUUAAUUCAUUGUACAGACUUUUUCAUUAUAAUUGCUUUAUUACAUAUAAGUAGGUAUAGAUGUCGACCGCCCGUAUCCCUAAUUUAAUUUACGUUUUUUAAGUUCUGCUAAGCAGACUAAUUUUCGAUGAGUUGAGUGGAUAUUCAAAAUAUUUUUUCCCCUUUUUUAUAAGAUUACACUUUACCUACUUUACCUUACCGUAAAAUAAAGCUAAUACAGGGUGCUUUCUAUGGUUCACGUUCGUCCGUUAGUUGUAUGGACCGAAUAAGUUUAAAAGAACGCUUGUUUGUAUUGCACACUUAACAAAAAAGUGACAUUCCAAAAAAGUCGUGUUUUUUUAUCCAACUUGUUUCAGAUCGUAAGUCGUAUUUUUUUAAAUGUCCAAUACAAAUAAGCAUAGUUUGCAACUUAUUCGGUUUAUACGAACGACCGAACGAAUAUGAACCAUAGUGUAGGCACCCUGCUAAUAAUACAUACUUUUUCUGUAAAACUUAAACCACACAAUUAUGCAGAAUUGUGUAAGAAUUUAAGUUAAAAAGUCAGUACAUAAUAAAUUAAAUGUAAAUUAGUUUUGGUGGUAACUUAAUAAAAUAAAAACAAAUUUAAAAUA